AUGGCGCCAAAGACCCCUGCCACAGCUGAACCCGGUGACGACGUGAAGCUCCUGAAGCUCCUGCGGGUGGCCAAAACAGGCAGUGCUGCUCCACUGCAGAAUCAAUACCAAGCUGUCGUCUCUCUCUCUCUCUCUACGCAGCACGACGUUGAGGCUCUCGUCUAUCGAUCUUAUCAGGGACACCGCCAUCUGUCCCCUUCGGCAUACCGGCCACUGGUCACUGGUCACAAUGCCGCCGUGCACGACCAGAGGAGAGUUAUGUGGAUGGAUGAAUGGAUGGAUGGAUGGAAAAACGACGACACUGUCGAUUGA